AUGUCCUUUUAUAUAAAUUUUCAAAACGGUUUAGGCGUUGACGUACGUCCCAACGCAUACUGGGCGAACAUAGUGUUCCAAUGGGGAGAUCAUCAUCUAAUGCGCACUGACGGUGCAGUGAUGGCCCGAGUCAUCGAACGGCUCAAAGAGGGCAGAUUCAACUUCGCAGAUGUGCCCUGGGAUAUGGAAAUCAGAUGGUGCAUUUCACUCCCAGUCUCCGGGGAGCAUGUUAACGAUGAAAACAGAACCGAGGACGCGAAACAAUUAGCAGAGUGGUACCUGGAACAAAUUCGUCUUGGCAAUGCCACUGUCAACAGAGAUCUCCUAUUUGAUACAAAGCCCUACCAUUCAGGUAAGAAUUGUUGUAGAGGUACUACCUGCGAUCGAAUUUUACACCCGGAUCAGUAUGCACCACUUGGUUCUGAGUUGAACAAAGCCACUAAAAGUUCCUAUAGUAGAUCAGAGGUUAAGAGACCGUCUCGUCGGAAGUCCAGACUCCACAAAUAA